UUCCAUGUACGAAUACAUUAACGGUCAAGAUCUAACUCACUCUCUCUUUCUCUUACAAGGCUCUCUCUCUUUCUCUCUCUACUGUCCUCAGGUCCAGCUUUGUCGGGUCCCCUUAUAAGGCAAAAGACACUGACCUCACUCACUGCAUUUUCUCUCUCUUUUCUCUCCUGUAAACAGUACUGUAAGUUGGGUAACUUGGGUGAAAGAUUUGAGCUUGAAAGCCGAAACCCACUUUGGUAUGGUCAUUUUCAUUUUCUUGGAAGUGAGGUGAUAGUGAAAGUUUCUUUCUUUUCCGGGGUCUUGAUUUGUGUCAUGAAAUUGCUGAAAUGCUAUGAAAGUUUUGAUCUUUUUGUCAAGAAAGUGAAGGAGAAGAUCUAAAUGGAUCAGCGGUUGGUUUUGUUACUUUUUUUGGGGUUUCGUGUUUAGGGUUUUGGAGGAGAAGAAAUGAGAGAAAGGAUAGGUGGGGUUAGUGAGAGUGAGAAGAGGAGUGGUGGUGUGUUUUUGCUGGAUUGGAAGAUGAUUAUUAUUAUCAGUAUGGUAGCUGUUAGUGAGGGUUUUAUAUAGUAAUUAAUUAGUUAGACUAUCUGUGUUUAGCAGUAUUAAUUACUAUAUUUUGUUAUAAAUAAGUGUAUUUAUCUAAUAAAAUUUUUAAAAAAGGUGGGAUAUGAAGCUUUCAACAUCAGGGUUGGGCGGUCAGCAAGCUGGUCAAGAAGGGGAGAAGAAAUGUUUGAAUUCAGAGUUGUGGCAUGCUUGUGCUGGGCCACUGGUGUCCCUACCAACUGCGGGGAGCAGAGUGGUCUACUUCCCUCAGGGUCAUAGUGAGCAGGUAGCUGCAACUACUAACAAAGAAGUUGAUGCUCACAUCCCAAAUUAUCCCAGUUUGCCACCCCAGUUGAUAUGCCAGCUCCACAAUGUCACCAUGCAUGCAGAUGUUGAAACGGAUGAAGUUUAUGCCCAAAUGACAUUACAGCCUUUGACACCGCAAGAGCAAAAGGAGACUUUUCUUCCAAUGGACUUGGGAAUGCCAAGCAAGCAGCCCACAAAUUAUUUUUGCAAGACAUUGACUGCAAGUGAUACUAGUACACAUGGAGGCUUCUCUGUUCCUCGUCGUGCUGCUGAGAAAGUCUUUCCUCCACUGGAUUUCACCCAGCAGCCUCCAGCUCAGGAACUUAUCGCCAGGGAUCUCCAUGAUGUUGAGUGGAAGUUUAGGCACAUUUUCCGAGGACAGCCCAAACGGCAUCUACUUACAACGGGUUGGAGUGUGUUUGUAAGUGCUAAAAGACUUGUUGCUGGAGAUUCUGUUCUUUUUAUCUGGAAUGAGAAAAACCAACUUCUUUUGGGAAUUCGCCGGGCCACUCGACCACAAACUGUAAUGCCAUCGUCUGUGUUAUCUAGUGACAGCAUGCACAUUGGUCUCCUAGCUGCUGCAGCUCAUGCUGCUGCAACUAAUAGCUGUUUUACAGUGUUCUAUAACCCAAGGGCUAGUCCAUCUGAGUUUGUUAUACCUCUAUCCAAAUACAUUAAAGCAGUAUUUCACACACGCAUUUCAGUUGGAAUGCGCUUCCGGAUGCUUUUUGAGACUGAAGAAUCAAGUGUCCGUAGGUACAUGGGUACGAUAACUGGCAUAAGUGAUCUGGAUCCUGUUCGCUGGCCUAAUUCGCACUGGCGAUCUGUCAAGGUUGGCUGGGAUGAGUCAACAGCAGGUGAGAGGCAGCCAAGGGUGUCAUUAUGGGAGAUUGAGCCUUUAACAACUUUCCCCAUGUAUCCAUCACUAUUUCCCCUCCGACUGAAACGGCCUUGGCAUCCUGGGUCACCAUCUUUGCUUGACAGCAGAGAUGAAGCGAGCAAUGGCUUAAUGUGGCUAAGGGGUGGAAGUGGAGAACCAGGUCUUCCAUCUCUGAAUUUUCAAGCUAAUAUGCUCCCCUGGAUGCAGCAGAGGCUAGAUCCAACUAUGCUGGGAAAUGAUCAUAAUCAGCGGUACCAGGCCAUGUUAGCAGCUGGUAUGCAAAACCUGGGAAGUGGAGAUCCCUUGAGGCAGCAAUUCAUGCAGCUUCAGCAACCUUUUCAAUACCUCCAACAGUCGAGCAGCCAUAAUCCACUGUUGCAGCUGCAGCAGCAGCAGCAACAGCAAGCAAUUCAACAAUCCAUCCCUCAUAAUAUCCUGCAAGCGCAAAACCAAAUUUCAACAGAAAGCUUACCCCGUCACCUCCUACAGCAGCAACUCAACAACCAGCCAGGUGAUCAGGCUCAGCAACACCAACAUAUCUAUCAUGAUGGACUUCAGAUUCAAACUGAUCAACUCCAGAGACAACAGUCAAAUUUGCCUUCUCCAUCAUUUUCAAAAACAGAAUACAUGGACUCAAGCUCAAAGUUCUCAGCAACUAAUACCCCAAUGCAAAACAUGCUGGGUUCUCUGUGUAGUGAAGGGAGUGUCAAUCUUUUGGACUUCUCCAGAGCUGGUCAAUCUACACUAACCGAACAGUUACCCCAACAGUCCUGGGUCCCAAAGUAUGCACAUCAAGAGGUCAAUGCUUUUGCUAAUUCAAUUUCACUCCCACGGACAUACCCUGAGAAAGAUCCCUCAAUGGAAGCUGAAAAUUGUAGUUCUGAUGCCCAGAAUCCGACUCUUUUUGGUGCAAAUAUUGAUUCAUCUGGACUCUUACUACCUACAACGGUGCCCAGAUAUUCUACUUCAUCAAUUGAUGCUGAUGUCUCCUCAAUGCCAUUAGGGGAUUCUGGGUUUCAGAAUUCUCUGUAUGGUUGUGUGCAAGACUCUUCUGAGUUAUUGUCAAAUGCAGGACAAAUGGACCCGCCAACCCCAAGUGGAACAUUUGUCAAGGUCUAUAAAUCAGGGUCGGUUGGGCGCUCAUUGGACAUCUCCCGGUUCAGCAGCUAUCAUGAGCUGCGAGGAGAACUGGCUCAGAUGUUCGGAAUUGAGGGGAAAUUGGAAAACCCUCAUAGAUCAGGCUGGCAGCUUGUAUUUGUCGACAGGGAGAAUGAUGUACUUCUCCUUGGAGAUGACCCCUGGGAGUUAUUUGUGAACAAUGUUUGGUAUAUCAAGAUACUCUCUCCGGAGGAUGUAUUAAAAUUGGGAGAGCAGGGUGUAGAACCCUCUGGCCCAAAUGCAGUGCACAGGAUGAGUGGUGGUGUGGCUUAAGACCCUGCCCCCGGCUCCCCGAAACUCAGUGAUCUAGAGCUGCAUGGCAUUCUUCAUUCCACGUAGUUCAUCAAAUCCUCACUCCCUAGAGUUGAGAUAAACUUGAACGAAAUCCCAUCUCCUCCAACGUGUGCACCUCUCCCGCUUUCUUUAUAUGUCUCCUACGUUAUUAUAUAUUACUUUGCCUAGACUAACUAGUUAUUCUGAAGAAUUUGACUUUUAUCAUGGAUUAGAUACAUCUAAGUUCACUAGUGAGCCAAAAGAAUUAGAAUGUGGCAGAAUGGUUCUAGGUAUGUAAACUUGAAUGAGCAAUCAUGCCAUCCAUGCUAUUAAAAUAUUACACUGUGUCUGGUA